UCUGUAGGAAUGGCCACAUCAAAUAUCUUGUUGGGUUUACUAAACGUUGUUACAGUUGUUGUUUUCUUCGAGCUGCCGACAUUGAGCGUCUACAACACAUUAAUAAUAGGAAGCGAAUACGACUACAUAAUUGUGGGUGCAGGAUCAGCCGGCUGCGCUUUGGCCAAUAGACUCUCAGCGGAUGGUAGCAAGACGGUCCUCCUCCUGGAAGCCGGUGGCCUGGAAGAUGAAGCUGUCCAGGUACCCUUCUUCGCGCCAUUGCUUCAGCGGACAUCGCUCGACUGGAGUUACAUGAGUGUGCCACAGCAGAACGCCAGCUAUCUUUACGAUGGCAACGUCAACCGGUUUCCCCGAGGAAAAGUCUUGGGAGGCUCAAGUUCCAUCAACUACAUUAUUUACUCCCGAGGCGACAAACGAGACUAUGACACCUGGAAUUCCACAUACGGCGCUACGGGAUGGUCCUACGAUGACGUGCUUCCAUACUUUGUGAACCUUGAGCGGUCGUACCUAGGAUACAAUACCGCAUACCGCGGAUCCAGUGGAGAAGUUCCCGUCACCUUUCCCACGUCGCGUACAGUGGCCAGUGAUGCAUUUCUAGAAGCUGGAGAAGAACUUGGGUACGAUCAAGGCGACUACAACAGUGGGAACCAGCACUACUUUUCCCGCGUGCAAAACAACAUCAAGAAUGGCGAGCGGUGGAGUUCAAGCAAGUCUUUCAUCACUCCUAAUAUACGCGCCCGGUCAAACCUCGACGUGGGAUUGUUCUCGCGUGUAACAAAAGUGGUCUUUCAGGGAACCACGGCUGUUGGAGUGCGAUACACUCGGUACUUGUGGACACACACGGUGAGAGCGAGGCGCGAAGUCAUCCUGUCAGCCGGCGCAAUUGGCUCGGCGCACAUCCUGUUGCUUUCCGGCAUAGGACCGAAGGCUGAUCUCCAAUCACUAGGGAUACCUGUGAUUGCAGAUCUGCCCGUGGGUCAAUACUUACAAGAUCAUUUAACAGUAAACGGCGUAGCAGCCACCGCCAAAGAAGAUAUUAUCACAAAUUACUAUGACCCAUCCAUCAUACCUCAGUACACCUUUACAAGAACAGGUGUGCUCAGCCGGCCGUUUGGGGUCGAGUGCGUGGCGUUUGUCAGCACACCGCAAGCGGAUCCCGAAUACCCGGAUAUUCAGUUUCUGCUUUCAACGCUGAAUCCGACAACACCGGAAGCUGAGUAUAUCGCCCGGGAAAUCGGCAUAUCACAAGUGAUGUUGGAUGGCUACUACAAGCAGAAACGUGGCCAGUACGUCUUCCAGAUUAUCCCAAUUCUCCUCCGACCAAAAUCAACCGGCUACAUCAAACUUAACAGUACCGAUCCCACAGUAUAUCCCAUCAUCGAUCCGAAGUUUCUCUCGAACGAGGCCGAUUGGGAUGUUGCCAUUGCUGGUGCUCGCCUGGCCGUGCAGACUUUUCAAACGGAAGCAAUGAAGAGAGCCAAUGUGACGUUGUUCGACAUCCCCGUUCCUGGCUGCGAGACGGCGGGUGCGUUGUGGAGCGACUCCUACCUACGUUGCCUCGUGCGGCAGACGGCGCACAGCGGAUGGCAUCCGUGUUGCACAGCGCCGAUGGGCACCCACCCCGCAGCGGUGCUGGAUGCAAGGCUCAGGGUCCGCAGUGUCAGCAGACUUCGUGUCGCCGACGCGUCGUCGAUGCCCAUGGAAUUAUCUGGCAACCUUAAUAUACCCAUGAUGAUGCUCGGAACGAAGGCCGCCGCAAUGAUAAAGGAAGAUAACGCUUGAGCAGGAAGAACACCUGAAGGCCAGCACACGGAAGCAGGACGCGCGUCCUAAAAUCUCCGCAAGAAUAGGCUUGCUUUUAAGACAGCAAAGGGCCCAAAAGUAGAGUGCAAACCUACUUCCAAGUUCGUGUCGCUCGAUUGGUUGGCCCCUCCUUACCUUUGUUCCUGUAGCAGUUGUACGUGGCCUCAAGGCUAACUUGCUUCUUCAGGAUGAAAGUGGCAUACAUGCGAACAGGAUGUCUAUACAUUCAGAUUGCAACAGCGUCAGGAAGAGGGCGAGGCGGCGCGUUGAUUUUUAUUCAAUUUCCCCCGGUCAAACAGCGCAAUAAAGUAUAUUGUCGUGUAGACGUA